CCUCGCGCCCACCAGCGGCCACCCCCUGCGGCAGGCCCCGCCCCCUACCGGCUCCGCCCCCCAGCUCUCCGCCCCCUCCUCCGGUGGUGGCGCCGGCUUGCAACCCGGGUCGUGGUGGUUUCGUUGCCCGAAGCCGGGAGCGCGGAGUCGUUCCCGGAGCGCGGCCAGGCUAUGAUCGCUGGUCCCCGGCGUCCCGCUCCGGCCAACCAGAGUCCCUGUCUCAGCUUGUGCCCGUGCCUGAGCGGUCUCCUCAGCCCAGCUCCGCGGUGCGGUUGGCGGCGGCGGCGCCCGGCGCGCCCCCUCCUCCGAUGGCGGCGGAGAUCCAGCCCAAGCCGCUGACCCGCAAGCCCAUCCUGCUGCAGCGGGUCGAGGGGUCCCAGGAGGUGGUGAAUAUGGCCGUGAUCGUGCCCAAGGAGGAGGGCGUCAUCAGCGUCUCGGAGGACAGGACCGUUCGUGUAUGGCUAAAGAGAGACAGUGGACAAUAUUGGCCAAGCAUAUACCAUAUGAUGCCUUCUCCAUGUUCAUGCAUGUCUUUUAACCCGGAAACAAGAAGACUGUCCAUAGGUCUAGACAAUGGUACAAUCUCAGAAUUUAUUUUAUCAGAAGAUUAUAACAAGAUGACUCCUGUGAAAAACUAUCAAGCGCAUCAGAGCAGAGUGACGAUGAUCCUGUUCGUCCUGGAGCUGGAGUGGGUGCUGAGCACUGGGCAGGACAAGCAAUUUGCCUGGCACUGCUCCGAGAGUGGGCAGCGCCUGGGAGGGUAUCGAACCAGUGCCGUGGCCUCGGGCCUGCAAUUUGACGUUGAAACCCGGCAUGUGUUUAUUGGUGACCAGUCGGGACAAGUAACCAUCCUCAAACUGGAGCAAGACAACUGCACCUUGGUCACAACGUUCAGAGGACAUACAGGUGGGGUGACUGCUCUCUGUUGGGACCCCGUCCAGCGAGUGUUGUUCUCCGGCAGCUCCGAUCACUCCGUUAUCAUGUGGGACAUCGGCGGGAGGAAAGGAACAGCCAUCGAGCUCCAAGGACACAAUGACAAAGUCCAGGCCCUUUCCUAUGCGCAGCACACACGGCAGCUCAUCUCCUGCGGUGGUGACGGUGGGAUUGUGGUCUGGAACAUGGACGUGGAGAGGCAGGAGACCCCUGAAUGGUUGGACAGUGAUUCCUGCCAAAAAUGUGACCAGCCUUUCUUCUGGAACUUCAAGCAAAUGUGGGACAGUAAGAAAAUUGGCCUAAGACAGCACCACUGCCGCAAGUGUGGGAAGGCCGUCUGCGGCAAGUGCAGCUCCAAGCGCUCCUCCAUCCCCCUGAUGGGCUUCGAGUUUGAAGUGAGGGUCUGUGACAGCUGCCACGAGGCCAUCACCGAUGAAGAACGUGCACCCACGGCUACCUUCCAUGACAGUAAACAUAACAUUGUGCAUGUGCAUUUCGAUGCAACCAGAGGAUGGUUACUGACUUCUGGAACUGACAAGGUUAUUAAGUUGUGGGAUAUGACCCCAGUCGUGUCUUGAUGACACUGCAGGCAUCACAAAGAUAGUAUUUACUCAAGAAACGGUUGUUCUAAUCCACAUCAUUACUGGAGCUGCAAGCGGACGUGUGAGAGUUCGAGAGAAACUGCAGAGUGGGGCUGAGCUGACGGGGUAGCAGCGCGUACAGGGGUGAGCUCGUGAGUGAACGCUGGCGAGGGAGACUUUCAACGCGUUCAUACGAUAUAAAAGAAGAUAUUUUUUUAGCAAAUGGUUUAUACGGUCUGGCUGUGCUACAUUGUUUUGAGCAUACUGAAAACUUUGUGUGGGGUGUUUAAUUUUUACAUUUUUCAACACUUCGUUUUAGUUGUUGCUUUGCGUGUUGGAGAAAUGACGGAGGCAUCUGUUCAGGGUAUUUUUGGUCAUUAUAAAGUCGUUUCCAUGUUUUCUUCACUUCCGGCACAUAUUCUGUGGUCAGCGUCUUUUUCUUCUGUUACCUACUCUCCGCUUCAUCGGCUCUUUGCCAGUGUGUUUAUAUUUACGCUCUUUCUUCUCAGCGUUUCCGCUUUCACAGAAAUCCUCUUCAACAGAGAGAGCUGGGAAACCAUUCAUGUGGGUUUUCCAACCGACUUCUUGAAUCACGUGAAGAGUUAUCCCUUUGACACGUCUCACUCGCUCAUGUUCUGAGUAGACAUGACCUUGUGCUUCUGCCUCCGUGUCUCCGUCUUUCCCACGUUACAAAAAGGCUGUGAGAAAGCUGCUCCCAACCACCAUCCCCGCAGAGGUGGGUGAUUGUAACUCAGAGCUUCAACUCGCAGUGCCUGGGUCAUUUCUAAUUCAUUUGGAGCUGUCUGAGCCUUUUCUGUUUUGGCUUUAUUCACAUAGCUCUUCCUCGCUCACAAUAUUCAAAACAAACACAACACAACAAAACAAAAACCCAUGACCUUCGGGGGGGGGGGGAGCAUCUGUAAGAUGUGUUUCUCCACACUGCACCUCUGAAUUUGAAUGUGUUCGUUACUGCGAGAUCGUAUCCUGCUCUACUCACCAUCUGUAUUCUCUUCCCCUUUAAAAACUAGAUAUUUAAAGAUUUUGAUCUUAAUGUAUUUCAGAACACUGUGCACACUUUCGUACUAAACCUGUGUGAUCUGAGACGUAAAAGGUACCGAGUCGUACAGCUCAUACUGUGUUCCCCUUGGGAAUGUUAAAAAAUUUUUAAAAAGUGGGUGGGGAGCUUAGAAAAUGAACCUGAAGAGCUCUCAGUUGAAGGGAAUCCAGACAGACUUGAUGAAGUGAAAUACUCUUAUGUGUAGUGACUCACCUCAGGCCACUGAAGUCCCUUUUAGGAAUCUUAUUUUCACCCGUAAAGCCAGACUGCGUUAGCAGCAGGCAUGCAGGAUGAGCCGGCCCCUUGUGCGUGCUUUACAUGCACCGCCUCGUCACCCUCCCCUGGCAGGGGCGGCCGGGGAUCACUAAGUCUCUUGAGAUCACCAGGUUAAAUCAAGCCUCGCCGAUAAACAGGCCAAUGACUUGCCCUUCACUAUCCAUAUUAGCUUGUGCAUUCCUGAUUUGACAGUUUUUUGGUGGUAGUAUUUGAACUGCUCCCGAUUUUUCUUUCGCUUCGGGGGAAGCCAUUUUUUUGCCCCUCAGUGACUAUUCAUUGCUUUUCUUUCCAACCAGGAAAAGUACUACCAGCCUUACGUGGCUGCCGUACUCCCAUUCUCUGAAGACCCCUGACACUGGCCCGUGUACGACCCGGGGAGGGGGCUUCCUAGAGAGGGUCCGCUGCUGCAGCGCUGGGACGCAGGACCAGUGCGCACGCCCCGUGCAGCCAGAGUAAUGGCGGCCAUCACCCAGACCUCAGACCGGAUGAGCUCACGUGCCCAAACGCUAAGGUUGCGUGUGCGCGUGCGCACGCCCACGGAAGCGGUUACCACCGGUCACGUCACUGUCCCCUUCCACAUGACCCUUGCUUACCAUCAGUUAGUUGCCUGUUAUAACUAAUCCGAGUCUUUUCUGCAUGAUUGUGAGAGAGCUUUAAAAAGGGAAUUCAAAUAUUCAAGUAUCUAUAUUAUAGUCUACUACCAGAACUUGGAGCCGCUUACUAAGUUGCACAUGAUAAAGAACCAUGUGUUGGAAAUGAGUAAUAGAAAUUAAUCUGUUUUCCCUUCCUGGGUUUUGGAGCGUGGCCUGUAUACAGAGAGGGAGAAGUGUUAGGGAAGCGGUAGACCAGUGCCCCUCAAGCCUGACGUGGAUGUGAGUUAGGUCUAGACGAGCUCACACCCCACCGGGGAAGCUGCCUGCCCCUAUGGGGUCACGAGUGUACACCGCGGUAGCCCUGGUCUGUGACCUUGCACUUCACUGCAGCCGUCUCCCUCCCAGCACGGCGGGACCCCAGCCCUCAGAGCCACUCGGAGGUCGAAACCACUCGACACCCCACCGAUGAGAGUCGCGAUCGGAAACCACAGAUGUAUCGUGGCAUCCGCUGCUCCGCCUUUUCCUUUUUCCUCGUCUGUGUGGGUGCUUGAAUUUGAAAUACCUGGGAUCGUUAUGUUAAAAUGGCCCUUGGUAAUUAAUUUUUGAAGUUUCUGGAGGCACAGCCCCGUCCUGGAGGCCGUGAGGUGGAGCUGGAGACCGCUGCAUGCAUGGACUCGGCCUGGGAGAACUUGCCUGCUAGUUCCCUUAUUGCGCAGGUGGGCCAGUCUCGGCUGCUCCCCUUUGAGAAAGGAAAGAGCUUGCCUGGGGCAGGAGGAGACUGUUCUAGACAACUGUGGCCAAGCCCGUCGGUGCGUAAGCAGGAGCUGCCCUCAAUUUCCCUGUUGGCCUUAAAUCGUUCUCGCAAGUAAUGGGUCAUCUCAGUACAGUGUGGCAAAUGUGAUAAAUCCUCCACCUAGUGGCACUUGCCAAGUGGAAGGGAACAUUUUCCUCAAUUCAGAGACUGUGAAAAGGGCUCAGGCAGCCCCCACCUCAGAGACCCGGCCCUGCCCAGCCAGGGCACCCCAACAUUCUGCCGUGGGGCUCGGCACUUUCUAGUUCUUGCCACUGCAUCCGUUCGCCUUUGUCUUGCGCUAGCCAGGUAUCGUGUGUCCGUAACUUAAUUCAGGGUACCCGUGUUCAUUUUUCAACUUCUGCUCAAGUUUACAACCAAGAAUUACAUCCAUACCAACCCUUGGGGUUUUUAGUUUGUAAUUUUGCCCGUGAACAUUAUCCCUUCCACUGAGAAACCUAUUUAGGCCUAACACCCAAAAGCAGUCUUCAGAAAUUAGAUCUGCCCAAUACUGGAGUGGGAUUCCUCCCUGUGUUCCCCGUGCCAGGAAAUGUUUGCACAGCCAGUAGACAGCCCCUUGUCGGCAAAGUGGGAGGGAGGCUGAAGCCUGGAGUAGGGAUCGAAUUUGAUGAUCGUCCUUAAGACCCCUUCCAGUCCUGCGAUCCUGUGAUUCCAUUUAUGUUGUUUACCGUUUGACUAGUGGCUGACAUAGGAACGUCUUUGUCUUCUGUCACAUCACAUAAACUGCUUACUGCGUGUUUCCAUCUAGAGGUCUGAAGAAGAUAAAGAAGGUGGAACUUGAUCAUGGUACCAUCUCAUUAAAAAUAGAUACCUCAAACUGUCCACCUUUGUGACUUAAGAAGCGUAUCUGACUUUCUUGGGAGAGACGGUGUCAGGGAACCGCAAGUUAGUUUUGACAUUAGAUUUAGGAUCUGACCUUGAUACCUUUCUCCCUCGGUUCUCUGGGAAUCAGAAGAGGGCGAACUAUACUACAAAAAGGGAAAAUGGUUUGAAAAAAGUAUUUCAUUUGUCUACACUUUUCUUUUUCCCAUCCAGGUAGAUGGCAGCCUUAGGUCAGUAGCAUCCACCCGUGUGAAGUAUAGACCAAACACUUGUGUCACUGGUAACCAUGGUACUCUUGAUAUAUUUGUGUUUGACGCCAUUUGCCUUGCUUUUUUAAUGACUUUUUUUCACGUACUGUCAUUUUGCAAAAGAAAAUCUUUAUAUGAAAAGGACAAAAACUGUUACUAACUGGACAACAGGGAAGGUGCUAGCUCCACGUUCGUGCCUGCCUCCCACUCUUCAUAACCAGGGAAAUGGACUCUGCCAUCCUGCACGCCGUCAGUCUGUGGCCACCUCCGUACCUGGCCGCAGCAGGCACGUCACUUUUCAGGUGUCUUUUUCUUUCUUUCUGAAAUGAGAUUCCCCAAGGGGUCAGGCUGAGAAGGUAAUGAGCCCGAGGCUGGAACCCAUCUCUCACGUGUGGUUCCAGCAGAACCCUCCGGCAUGGCCAUGCUAUCUGCCGGUAGAGUCCGCCAACCAGACCGGACAGGCUUGACCUUGACUUCCUGACUGAUCCGGUGAGACGGAGCAAGAAUUUCUUACCAUGUCAAAAUGUCUGUAUCCCGUUCUCUGUUCAAAUGCUGCUGGAUGUUGUGAAUGUUUUUCAACUCUGCUCACUUUCCCACUGUGUUCCCUCUGACUGAAACAUGCCUGUAGCCAUUACCAAUGUAAGAGACUCUCAAUGCAAAGUUGCCUCCACGGUUUAAAAUAAAUCUCUGUGGAAACCUG